AUGGCGGAACAUGAGUUUCAGGCUGCUCAACUGCAUGGGGAGAAACACAAAGAGAACGAUGAUUCGGUGAAGGCCAUCCACGAUGUCACUGGCGGACCACUCACGGCAGACCCAAAGGCUCUUCCAACUGCUGCUGAACAUGGUUUCAUCGGCGACGAGAAGAGGCCACGCUCCCCGAGUGAGGAUACCGAGAUUGGCGAGACCGAAGAUGGCAUGGAACCCAACGAGCACGAAAAGAAGCACCUCCGUCACGUUGGCGAGAGCCUUCCCUUUUCGACUUUCCUGGUGGCUUUCGUCGAGCUGUGCGAGCGCUUCACGUUCUAUGGCUGUCAGGGCAUCUUCCAGAACUAUGUUCAGCGCCCCCUCGACGGGUCGCAGGGAAGAGGUGCGCUAGGACUGGGCCACCAGGGCGCAACCGGAUUGACUACUUUCUUCAACUUCUUCUGCUACGUCACUCCGAUACUGGGUGCAAUCGUUGCCGACCAGUACCUAGGCAAGUACAAAGCCAUUCUCUACUUCUGCUCGGUCUACUUGAUCGGACUCUUGAUCCUCUUCACGACCUCGUUGCCGGUUUCCUUGCAGCACGGGGCCGGGCUGGGUGGCUUUAUCACCGCGGUCAUCAUCAUCGGGAUUGGCACCGGCGGUAUCAAGUCGAACGUCGCCCCGCUGAUUGCAGACCAGUACAAACGCAGGAAGAUGAUUAUGUCGACCACCCCCAAAGGUGAGCGGAUCAUCAUCGACCCGGCGGUGACCAUCCAGCGGAUCUACAUGAUCUUUUACACCUGCAUCAACAUCGGCGCCCUGUCUCUCCUGGCCACGCCGUACAUGGAACGUGACGUCGGUUUCUGGUCCGCUUUCUUGCUGUGCUUCUGCAUGUUCUGCGCCGGCACCACCGUUCUCAUUCUAGGGCGCAAGAUCUACGUCGUCCGGCCACCUCAGGGAUCUAUCAUCACGGAUGCGUUCAAAGCAGUGUGGCUCAUGAUCAAACAUCGUGACCAGAAUGCGCCGAAACCGAGCUGGAUGGCGGAAAGGGGCAUCCACAAGACGGUUCCGUGGAACGAUCACUUCAUCGAGGAGUUGAAGAGGGCACUGGUUGCGUGUCGUGUCUUUGUGAUAUACCCAAUCUAUUGGUGUGUCUACGGACAAUUCAGCGGCAACUUUGUCACCCAAGCCGGCCAAAUGCGAGGGCAUGGGAUUCCCAACGACCUGAUGCAGAAUUUCGAUCCGAUCGCCAUCAUCGUCUUCGUGCCAAUCUUGGACAGAUUUGUGUAUCCUCUUCUCAGAAAGAUGCACAUCCCUUUCCCACCAAUCAACCGAAUCGUGCUGGGCUUCUGGGUAGCUGCCCUGGCUAUGAUGUACGCGGCAAUUGUGCAGCAUCUGAUUUACAGCUCUGGACCAUGUUAUAAGCAACCACUGUGCGAUGCGUCGGUUGUCAAUGGCGUCGCCGAGGGCAACAACGUGCACAUUGCGAUUCAAGCUCCAGCGUAUAUGCUCAUCGGCAUCUCCGAAAUCUUCGCGUCAGUGACAGGUUUGGAGUACGCAUACACGAAAGCUCCCCCCAGCAUGAAGUCGUUCGUGCAAUCCGUUUACCUCCUUACCAACGCAUUUGGAUCGGCGCUCGGCGAAGCAUUGACGCCAGUUGCGUAUGACCCUGCCAUCCUGUGGAUGUUUGUGGGACUUUGCAUCGCGAGCUUCUGCGCUGGAUGUUUAAUCUGGGUGCUUUUCCAUCACUUAAAUGAGAGGGAAGAAGAAAUGAACGCGUUGGAGAAUGAUGUCGAGGAGGAAGGUGGAUAUCGUAAGGGCAGCAAGGUCACGUAUUGA